AUCACUCUAAUAUUUGAUGGAAAAGAUAGAAUACACCUGUUCAGAAUGAGUAUAUCUUGAAAAAUAAUGCCUGAUUCUAAGGAGAAGAUGGAUGAGUUACACUUUUUCUGUGAGAAGUUAAUCUCAGAAAACCUCUCCUGACUUGCAAAAAAUAAGAUUCUGAACAUGAAACUCUCUUGGCUCCUGAUCUGGGCUGAAAUACUGUUUCUGAAGCCAGUCACAGCUGACUGCAACAUUACUUCUCAAACAGUCAUUUGUGAGGAGUCCGGAAAGAACCUCCAUACUAUCCCCACUAACAUUUGCCAAAAUGUUACAAAAUUAAGCCUCAAAAAUAACAAAAUAACUUUAAAUGAUACUGACAAAAAGGUUCUUCAAAGGCUUACUAACCUCACUGAACUCUAUCUGAAUGAAAAUAGAAUUAUUGUACUGUAUAAUAACAGCUUCUGCAAACUGACAAAACUCACAAUUCUGGAUAUCAGUAAUAAUCAUAUUACCAUGGUACAUAAAGCAGCAUUUGCAGGCUUAAAUCAGCUCUCAAAGUUGAAUCUAUUCCGUAACAAUAUUACUCAAUUAGAUUCAGAUGUAUUUACGUCAUUAAAGAGUCUGACAGUUUUGAAUCUACAGGAUAACCUAUUGAAAUCUUUUCAUAUGAAAUCAUCUUGUAAGUUGAUUAAAAUCACCUUAGCUGGAAACCCAUGGAACUGUUCCUGUGACCUUCUUGAUUUACAGAAAUGGCUAACUACCUCCAACGUGACAAUGGAAAAUGAAAACAACACUGUAUGUGCAUUCCCAAACACCCAGAAAAUAAUUUCUAUCAGGACUGCAGUUAUCCAAACAACAGACUGUGAUUUUAAAAAAGAUUCUUUCGAAACCACUGUAACUUCCACUUCUUCCAAUAAGCUUAAAAGCAUUGCCUUUCUAACAUCUCUGGCUUCUACAAACAACGUUACCGGAAACAAUGGAACGCAUGCAGUGUUACCACUUCUUGGCAAAAGUUGGACCUUCCUAGUGGGUGUCCUAGGGUUCGUCCUAAGCACUACGCUCCUGAUUUUUACUGCCAUAAAAUGCCCAACAUGGUAUCGCUAUUUGAUCAGCUACAGUCACCGUCGUCUGGAAGAAAACGACCCAGAGAUGUUUGAACAGGAGUUCUCAGCUGAAGUAAAUUCUUUUCCCACUGUAUCAGGUACAAACAAUGAACAUUCCAUAGUAAUAUUUGAGAAAAUUCAUGCAUUUGUUCCUGAGGAAGAUGGAUUUAUUGAAGAUAAAUAUAUAGAUACUGAUGGAAUAUCUGAGGAGAGCUAAUUUCUUACAUAAUGGAUGAUCUGACUUUCAAAACUUUAGUAACCUUGUUCAAUCUAUUCAGCCUUGCAUAUUAUGGUACUUAUGUAUGACACAAAAUGCUGCCAAGCAAUCCAUCUCUUUCUAUUUCAUCUGGUCAAAUCUGUAACAAGGUAUUGCUGCACGAAUCAAAGCCAAAAAAUCAAGUAACAAGCAUGCGUUACUGCCAUAACAUGUAAGAAUACAGAUCAUCUUACAUAAAAACGUACUUCAUCAUUUCUUGGUAAAAACAAAACCCCCUUACAGUAUGCUGCUAAACAUGACCAAAUCUUUACAAAGCAGCUUGUGAAGCUGACAUUAUUACCGAUGCUUUAAAGGCGAGGAAGCUCAGAGAGGAAAAAUGAUUUAUCUAAAGUGUUGAAGCAGACCACAGCCAGACUGCAGACUGAAUCCAAAGUACUAGUAUCACAGCUCAAUAGUCUAUCAGGGAAACUAACAUCCUCCAAAUAGAGAAUGGUGUUCAGGUUUUUUUCAAUGAAUUAGCAGAACAACAGACUAACUUUUCUGCUAGCUUAAAUGUGUUCACAUACAAUACAACA